AUGAUUAAGAAAUUUGCGGCUGAUGGUUUGAUAAUUGGCUUCAAAGUCACACCUAAUGGGGCUAUGAUCACUCAUUUGCAGUUUGCUGAUGAUUUGUUGGUGUUUUUGAAGGAUGAGGAAGAGCAAAUUCAUAAUUUAAAGCAUAUCUUACUAGCUUUUGAAAUUAUAUCUGGGCUAAAAGUGAAUUUCAGAAAGAGCUCUAUUGUGGGGCUUGGUCAGUUGCAUAAUGCUGAAGUUUGUGCUAAGAUUUUUGGUUGCAAUACCUCUCUUCUCCCAAUGAAUUACUUAGGUAUUCCUCUAGGGAGUAAAUCUAAAAGUAAGAUUGUUUGGAAUGAAAUUCUACAAAAAUUUCAGCAAAAGUUAUCAGCUUGGAAGAGAUCUUAUUUGUCCAAAGGUGGCAGACUGAUUAUGAUAAAGAGUGUGCUUUCUAGUCUUCCAAUCUAUUUUAUGUCCAUGUUUCAACUUCCAGUUUAUGUGGCUAAAGAAAUGGAGAAUAAUGAGAAAUUUCUUCUGGGGUUCAUCUGCUUCUGUGAGGAAAAGAAGUUGGGUUGCUUGGUCUAUAGUUGCACUGCCUAA